UCAAUAGAGCGUGCAGCGUUGGACUGUAAGUUCUCUCUCUGCAUUCAAGAGAUAAGAGUUUAAGUUCCGUAAAAUUGAAAUUUAAUAUGUUUCCAAUUCGGAUGCAUGUGAAUUCGAUCGUAAAUUGUAAAUAAAAUAACACACAUUGUGUGCCUUGCUUUUUGUGUGUGUUCACUUUAUUCAGUGCCAUUUGAUCAUUGGUGUAUUUUUUCGCAUCGACAACUAAAUUUCUAUAUAAUGUGUCAACUUAUCACUUAGUUGAAUGCGACCUCGUUAAAGUGAAUUGGAUUGAAAGUUUUUCUUGUACAUCCAAACUAAAAUACAAUGCCACGAAACAGAAAAACAUUAGCAUACGUUAAUACGUGGCUGGAAAUUCUCAUUCGUAUUGCCAUGGCAAUUGCAUUUUUCUUACUGGAAAAAGGUUCGCCAUUCAAACGAAAAAUUCACACCGAUGAAAUAUGGCUGUAUCGCAAUCCACGCACCGACAGUUUCGUACCAACUUCGAUUCUUUGGCCAUUUGUAUUUGGUAUUCCCUGCAGUAUAUUCCUAAUUCAUUUUCUCGCAACGAAAAAUAAAGUCGAAUUUUUACAAGCAAAUUUAUCGCUGUCGCUGGCACUCGGACUGAAUGGCAUAAUCACCAAUGUUUUGAAAUUGUGUGUUGGGAGACCGCGGCCUGACUUCUUUUGGCGAUGUUUUCCCAACGGAGAGAUAAAUGUUGAUAUGGAGUGUACAGGCGACGAGGCGGUUGUUGCCGAAGGUCGCAAAAGUUUCCCGAGUGGCCAUUCAUCAUUUUCAUUUGUGAGCAUGUGUUUCAUUGCGUUAUAUCUGAUGGGAAAAUUGCACGUAUUCGGCGAACGUGGACGCGGUCAAUCGUGGCGUCUGCUCAUAUCAAUGUUGCCGCUCUUUUUUGCAAUGUUGGUUGCAGUGAGCCGAACUUGUGAUUAUCAUCAUCAUUGGCAAGACGUAACAAUUGGUUCGUUGAUUGGAAUUGUUAUCGCAUAUCUUUGCUAUCGUCAAUAUUUUCCGGCAUUGGAUUCAAAAAUGUCACACCGAUCAUAUGCCGACAUUAAAGUACGUGAUAUAAAUGAGUUUACCAAUCAAAUGACUUCCGCACUACCCGAAACAGAUCGAUUUCUCGACGAAGGAAAGGACACAAAAUGGAUUUGAAUCUCAAAUUCCAAUCGCAUAUAUUCAAUUACACUACAUUCAAGUUUAUUUAAUCUAUUUAAUAUUCCAUAUUAGUAAUAAGUGACAUUUUCUUGAGUCAUUCUCAAAUAAGCAUUUGACUUUUCAAAAA